AUGCCUGAAAGUACAUUCACCAAUUCACUCAAAGGUUUUUUCAAAAAACAAAAAUCGCCAUCUCCAUCCCCAGAAUCAAACACAUCAUCAAAAUCACCAAGUAUAAGGAAUAAUGCAUUAUUCAUAGAAGAUCCACCAUUAACACCCCUUGAACUUCAUGGAUACUCCAAAACUACUAAAAACAAGAUUCUCACAUUGGAAUUGGGUGAAGAAAUAAGGAAUAUGUUACCUUCAAGACAUCAAGUUUCAUCAAAUUGGGAAUUAGUUUAUAGUUUAGAGCAACAUGGAGCCUCUUUAAACACUUUAUAUUCAAAUAUUAAACCAUCAACAAAAUAUGAUAAGAAUGGUUAUUUAUUAGUGAUUAAAGACCAACGUGGAACAAUAUUGGGGAGUUAUACAAAUGAACAUUUUCAUCCAACAGAUAUGAAGAGAUUUUAUGGGAAUGGUGAAUGUUUCCUUUGGAAAUCAAAAUUAAUAGAUAAUAAAGAAUCUGGAGAGAAAUUUAUAAGAUUUCAAGCAUUCCCAUAUACAGGAUUAAAUGAUUUCAUAAUAUAUUGUACAAGUAAAUUCUUAUCUUUAGGUGGUGGUGAUGGUCAUUAUGGACUCUGGAUUGAUCAAGAAUUAUUACAUGGUGUUAGUGAUCAUUCUUUAACUUUUGGAAAUGAACCAUUGAGCUCUCAGGGGAAUAAGUUUAGUAUAUUAGGUGUUGAAGUAUGGAGAAUAUCAUGA